UUGGUGUAUUCUUUUUAUCAAACCCGAUUCCCACUCCCUUCUUUCUAGGCUGGGAAUUUCGUGGCCAGUACCACCGUCAUCACUGUCGUCAGAAGCCGUGCCGGCCGCCACCUCCGGUUGCCGUUGACCACCGAAUCGCCAAGAUUUGCUCGCCUCGACGGAAGCAACAAGGUUAUAGGAUUUUUUUCAUGAGGGAGAGCCUACAUCACAGUAGAUCUACGCCGACACCCAUAGAUUCAUCCGGCGUCACCGGUGGUUGGUGACCACAAGCAAACUUGGUGGACUCGUUCCGACACUGGUAAUGUAAUUCUGAACGUGGAUUCGUCAAAAAAGGCACUCAUCUUAACAAAAACCACUGAGAUCAUUCCAGCUUAGAAUGUACCGAUCUCCUUCGGUAGCUAUUGGAUCGUCUCGGAUCCGAGGUAUGUUGUUCCCGGGGAUUUUCAACGCCUACUCACCUUUGGGUUUAGCCAAACGAGAGGCAAGACUAAGGUUAAAGGCUCCGUCCGAGACAUUUGCUUCAAGGUCAGCAGCUACAAGCCGUUUACAGUUUAUACAGUCUCGACAGAGUAACAAAAUUUGUGUGGACUGUAAAAAUAAAAUUCCACAGUGGGCUUCGGUAACAUACGAUGUUUUCAUGUGCUCAAAGUGUUCCUGCAAACACCAAGGCUUAGGUGUACAUAUCUCGUUCGUUCAAUCUGUUAACAUGGAUUCGUGGUCAGAUAUUCAGAUCAAGAAAAUGGAAUCGGGUAGCAACGACAAGCUCAACGCUUUUUUGGAACAAUAUGGUAUUCCUAAAGAAACUGAUAUCGUUACCAAGUAUAACACUACUGCUGCGCGUAUUUAUCGUGAUCGUAUGCAAGCUCUCAUUGAGGGCCAUGUAUGGAAGAAACCAGCUGUUGUGAAGGAAGCUGUCAAUGGUGGUUCUGAUGGUAAUCAGAAGCAAUCGGCAAGUGCUUCUACAUCCGGAAAUUAUCAAGGUAGUAGAAUGGGAGGUGUUAAGGUGAAGUCGAGGUCGAGUGAGGAUAAGUAUACGAGAUCCCGAUUGGACGUUUCGUCGGCGAAAAAAGAGACUUUUUUUGCCAGCAAAAAGGCGGAUAAUAAAUCUAGGCCUGAAGGUUUGCCUCCUUUACAAGGAACCAAAUAUGGGAUUGGGAAGCGAUCUUUAGUAGAGACAUCAAUAGCUCAACCUGCCGAAGAUGUUGUCCACGCUGGAAUCAAGGAGUUCAUCACAAAGGGGUGUUGUGGUAACAAGUCUGGUGAAGGAGCAAGAAUUGGGAGAAUCGAAUUUAAUAAUUGGUGGAAGGAAGGCCAUACAAAUGUUAGUAAUGGGUACAGAAGUGGAAGUUUCACGUUAUUCAUUGAAAACCUACCAGAGAAGAUCCAUUGGAAGAGACUUGAAUCUUUAUUUUGCACUCACGAUCAUGUAAUUGAUGCCUUUAUUCCUAACAAAAGGAAUUCGAAAGGGGUUCGUUUUGGGUUCAUUCGCUUUGCAACAAUUGAAGAAGCAAGGAAAGCGAUAUCAAAGAUGAAUGGUUCUCAUAUUUACGGCAGCAAAAUUAGAGUCUCUUUGGCUAAAUAUAAUCCUCGACAGUCUUAUUGGAGAAAAUCCUCGAAAGUUGUUCAACGUAAGUCCGGGAUGGAAGUUGUUUCGAGUAAUAAACAUUGUGAAGUUGAGGGUGUUGUGGACGAAGAUAAACUUCACAUGUUGAGUAACUUUCUUGUUGGGUGGGGCAAGAACUUCAUCAAAAUCGGUAAUCUUGCUAGCCAAAUGCAAGCCAAAGGACUCGCUGGUUUCACGUUAAUGAGAGCUGCUGGAAAUGUAGUUCUAAUGAUUUUUGAAGAAUCUGCUUCGUUGAGAAGUUUGAAAAAUGAUAAAUUAGAGAUUCUUGCAAAAUGGUUUUCCAGAGUUGAAGCUUGGUCAGAGAGUCUGGUGGUGGAGUGUCGUCGAGUGUGGUUAAUUUGCGAAGGUGUUCAUUUCCACGGUUGGAAUUGGGAUACUUUCAAAAACAUUGCAGCUAAGUGGGGCAAAUUAUCAGCAAUCGACGACAGCUGUGAGUUUCUAUUGUCUUUUGAUCGGGCACAAAAUCAAAUACUCACAAAGCCUCAAGUGAGAAUUGAUGAGUCGUUGGAGUUAAAGGUCGGUGCUAAUUUCUUCAAAAUCAUGGUGUAUGAAAUUGAUCCUUCCUUCAAACCAAAUUCUUGGGUCCCUGAUGAUUGCGAUAAUUCAUUAGAACUUGUUCCUUCAAUUGGAUCGUAACUAUUCUGGAGCUCUAUUCAGAGGCGUUUCUUUUAGUUUUAAUGGUGGCAAGUGUUGGUUUUCUAUUCUGUUAUGUUCUUUUGCGUUGUUUUUCUUCCUUUUGCUUGAGAUGUAUUUUAGAAAUAGGGUUAUUGUCUUUGGGGCUUUGUGGUUGAUGAUGGGAGAUUUUUAGGUGAUAUGGUUUUUUGUAAUGGUGUAUAUACCCGUAUGAGGGUAUUCGGU